AUGUCCACCGCAACAUCACCCGUCGAAACCGUGUUCUCUGGAUUUUCCAGCACCACUUCCAUCUCUUCCUCUACAUAUGACUCUCGGGGACACCCAUGCACAACUCUCUCAGAGUUGAUCAUUUCAGAGGCCCACUACCUGUCUACAUUAAAGCGUGUCGGUAAUGCUCUCAACUUGGCAUCGAACCAAUCGUUUGCCUCAGGCCGCAAGACCAGCAAUGUCAUCCGUGCCCUUGUGGAACGAUGGACAACCAUGAUGCAAAUCCAUAUCAAGUUCCACGACGAUGUUGUGGCAACCAAGGAGGACGUUCGGGGCACAACCCAGCUCCUCAACAACCUGCUCCUCACCCUCGAGCCGGUCCUUGUCGACCACGGUCGCGAUCUGUCGAAUGCAGUCUACAAGCUAAGCCGUAACGACAAGCGAUCGGGCCACACUCCAGCAGAAUGGGAUGUCGCCCUUCGUCAUCCUUUUGACCAUUUGACCAUCUACAACGAGUGGCUCCAGAGGAUCGAUCCCCACGGCCAGUUCAACGGCCCAUGCCUGACGCAGCUCAACAGCCUCGUCCUCAACGUCAAGGCCGUCAUCGAGGCACACCAGAACCCACGUGGGAUGUUGAAGCGUUUGAGCACAUUCGCGCGCACCGUCAUGAAACGCCCCUCGUCCCCUCAGCUCUCGCACAGCUACAGUCAAGACUCGAAUGCCACCAGUCCUACCACUCCCACGACUGCCGUCUCCGUCUCUGCCAGGGGUAUCACCAACGUUGGUGAGAAGAAUGCAGGCUCUACGCACAAAGGAAGCCUCACACGAGGUGCUUCUAUGGACCUUCCUCGUGCCACUGCCGCUGCUACUCCUGGUGCGAUUGUUACUCCUACAACUGCAGCUACGAUGGUUUCGAGUUCGCCCUCGAAGAACCGGAUUGAGACUGUUGCCUCUGCAACCACCGUUGUCUUGUCCAACGCCACCUUGACCGAAUGCCCAGCGAGCUCGCCCAAGUCGGCCGCUCAUGCCAACAGGGCCGCAACUGGACUUCCACCCCGUCACUCAAACCGCACCUCCGUCGCCCGCUCCUUCGCCCGCUCCAACGUCAGCAGUGUCGGAUCCCUGACUCUCGCCCCAUCCUCCGAAUCCCUCUACAUGAAAGCCGCCAUCGCCGCUUCUACCCACCGCCCCAACGGCUCACCCGAGCGCCAAUUCUCCUCCGUCAGCCAACGUCAAAAGUUCCUCGAGGAACGCGAGGCCCGAAAGGCAACGUUGCGUAUGGGUGCGCAGGCGUUUAUUGUUGCAAAGACAGAUAGUUUGCAGCAGAGGAGCCCGACGUUUGUUUCGAGACCUUCGAUUGAUCGGUUGAGGACUAUUACGAAGCGCGAGGUUGAAACCAAGCCGCCGGUAAAGAGUCUGAUUAACUUUUGGGAGCAGGCGACCGAGCCUAUCGAGUGUUAA